CUCUCGACGGCCGGGCUAGCGGACGUGCAUUUGUACUUUUUUUUUUUUUGGGGAUUACUAGUGAGAACGACAGCUGCUGUUUUGUCACGUUGGAGGCUGUUUCUUGCGAGUAUUUUCCACAGAAGAGUUGUUUUUCGUGCUUGGACCAAAUUCGGUUCUUUUCAUGUGAGCGACCUUGAUCCAUUCCUCACUAUCAGUCUGCAACCACGCCUGUCUGACAGCCACCAUAAACAUACAGAAGUGGUUCCACCAAAACUGACAAUCAGCCAGCGGGAGAAACAAACAGCGAGGGGAAACAGCCUGCAGGGUAUUUAACCAGUUUGACCGACAGGUGACAAAAAGCAGAUAGAAGUUAGACAGAAGGGCAGUCAUGUUGUUCAUCUUAGCCUUCAUCAUCCUCUUUCAUCUGGCUGCAGCCAUCCUGCUCUUCAUUGCCACCAUUCACAAUGCGUGGUGGGUGGUAUCAAGACCUGGCGUUAACAUUAUUAGUGACUUAUGGUACACGUGUAACACCACCUGCCAAUUUAUUGAGGACAGUCACACUGUGAAAGCAGCUUAUCUGCAGGCAGUCCAGGCUACCAUGAUCCUUGCCACUAUAUUGUGUUGCGUCAGCUUCUUCGUCUUCAUCCUUCAGCUAUUCAAGAUCAAACAGGGAGAGCGAUUCAUUUUAACAGCCAUUAUCCAGAUAUUGGCAUCUUUAUGUGUGAUGAUCGCGGCGUCCAUCUACACGGCCGAGAACAAAAGCUUUCAUAAGGGUGACCUUCAGGAAGGCUCAUUCGGCUCCUCUUAUGUUGUGGCGUGGAUCAGCUUCCCCAUGACUCUCAUCAGUGGCCUCAUGUACCUGGUGCUCAGGAAACGCAAAUAGACACAAUAGGCUUUACAUAAACAAUAUUCAAAUUCUAUAAAUGGAAACUUGAACAUAUGUGAGUGCAAACAAACAAUUUUCCUCAUCUAACAUUCUUGUUUUAACCCUUAUUUUUUAUUUUCUAUUGGAAUCUGCUUCAAAUUUUGCAUAAUUUCAAAUCACAGGUGCAAAUCUAGAAACCAUUUAAUACUUUUUUGGUCCAUCUUAUGCAUGACCUUCUUGUUCCUGAUGGUACAUUGUUCUUACUGAAUGUGGCAAAGAUGACUCUUCAGAUUCAAGUCCUUUAGAAACAUGGCAGUCCAAUUUUUGUGUGGUAGCCACUGCAGUAUGUUUCUGGAAUUAUCUAAGGCGAGAAGUGCACUGUGAUUCACAUUUGAUCUGCAGUGCCUUGUUUAAACAGUGUAACCUUACUUUUGUGGCACACUGUGCUGGUUAGACCCAUUUACAUAAGGUCAAAUCAACUCGAUGCAAAUGCACACCACAAGUGCCUAGGUGCCUUCAUCACCCAGCUACUGCUCUGCAUAGACGAGGCUCCAGAGGAUCCUUGCUGCAUUUUGUGAGAACUUACCUUCACCUUCCUCCCUUUCCCUUGCCAAAAACACAAGAAGAGAGCUCUGCUUUGUCUCCCCUUGUUGUGUCGCUGUCUCCUGCUUUCCACCAACUCCAGUCACAGGACUGUUUCAUCCGAAAGGAUAAUAGUGGAAGAAGGAAAAGGUGUGGAGGCUUGUCUGACUCGGGGACAUCUCCUAGACUUUCUAAAGGCUCAUUGUUUUUCUUUUUGUGAAGCUAUAGUUGACAGACUUUAUUUUGUACAUAUUUGCUGUGUGUGUAUAGUUGAGGUUAGACUCAAAUGAUACAAAUUUUAUAUAUCUAUAAAAUAAAAGGCAUAUAAAUAAACAUAUAUUAACCACAGCAUAGAAGUGUAGUGAAUCAGUAGUUAGAGAUACAAGAUGUAGGAUUUUAACCUUUUUGUUAUGUUCUUAUGUUACUAUUUGUGUUUUAAUGGUUAGAAAGGAACCAAUGAUUUGCUGUGAUAUUUGGGAUUUAAAAUGACGUAGAAAUGUGUAAACUUCAAAGAAGAAUGAACAUUUCUUUGUUAUUACUAUGCUUGUUUUGUUCACAGCUUCUUUGAAGCUAUUCUUUUGAAACCACUGUUUAUUAGAUUAUAGCAUCAUGCGACUGGCGAUAUAUGAAGUAAUUACCAUAUUUUUCCCCUCUCUGGCUGGGUUACUGCUUGGUCCAUUACUGGAACAUUUCUAGCAUCUCUGUGCACUUACUCAUUUGCCAACGUUUAAUAAUAAGCUGGAUGUUAUACCUGCCAGCAGUUCCUUGCAUUACUUUAAAAGAACUGAAACCAGCAUGGGGAAUCAGUGAUUAUAGUUGAGCUGGAUUACUUCAGAGAUGCACUGUGCUGACUUUUUGUAAACAGAAAUGUUAGAUAAAGCUUGGACUACAGGAGUUUGUAACCUGCUAACUCACCAGUGAUGAAGAUUUGGGGAAAAGGUGUGCAAUUGAAGUUAUUUAGCUUUACUAUCCCAAGUCGAUACUUGAAAAUGAACAAAACGGCGUGUUAAAGGCCAAGAUUACCAUGUUAUUCAUGCGUUUUGUCAAGUUGUCAUCAUUAGUGUUUCACUUAGUAAAAAGCCUCUUGUAAUUAAAUGCCUUUUAUCAAAAAUGUUUGUUAAUGUUGACUCUACUUUAGUUAUAAUGUAAUGAUUUUUAAAGCAGACCAAUAUUUAAUUGUGGAUAAAUCAGCGUUUUGAACGUGGCAUCUGAUCAGAUAAGUUAAAUGAACAUAUUUUCCCCAUGGAGUGUGUUGUUAUUUAUUCAUCUAGAUUGCUUUGGCAUGAGUCACCCUAGAAAUGUCCGCCUCCUCAGAGCAAAUUCCCACCCUUUAACCAAAACAAACAAAUAAAAAUACUCUGGUCUUUUCCUUUUUAGAAGUCAUGACCCAGUUAUAAAAAAAUUCUAUUCGUAACAAGAUUUGUGAACUCUUUUUGUGAGUAACUGGGUUAUGAUUCUGAGAAAGCCAUCUUUAGCACCAGAAAACAAAUGCCAUGCUAUCUGGUUUUAUUUUAUCCAGAGAAAGCAGACGUUUCUACAGCAGAUGGCUCCAAAACUGGGCAACUCAUACCAAAUCAGUCUUUAUGGCACUGCAAAGUAAAAAUGAUAUAGAGUUUGUCCCUUUCAUUUCAGUUGUAGAUAUUCAACAUAAAACAUGUUAUUAUCUUUAGAGUGAAUUUAUUAGUAUACUUUUCUUGUAGUGUGUUUUAUACCCAUGUAGAUGUCAUAAGGUUAUACUGGCAGAAAGAAUUGAGUUGUUGAAACCAAAACUGUAUUUAUGGGGAUUUCUUUCUUUUUUGCAUCUGAAAUAUAUCUAAUGUUUAAUGAAGUAUUAAUUUCACAUUGAUUUAAAGUCUCAUGUUGCUCCAUAAUGUUGUCAGUGUAUAUUUUGCUGCAUUGAAUUUUUUUCCGCAGGUUGGCAGUUUUUCAGUUUCCAGUUUCUGCUUGUUAAAGGCUCAUUUCCUUGUAUUGUUUUAAAAGCCAAUUAAAUUACAACAUACUAUUUAUUUUGUCCUCUGUUGCAGCUUCUGUGGCAGCUUCAGUGAUUUGUUAACAUUUUUUGUCAUGUGGUCACAUCAGAUUGAACGUUUGUCUGCUACUGACACCUAGUGGACCAGCAGAAAACUACACCAUGUGUACAAGCUCGUCUUAUCUUCGAGCAACACACUGGUCAAACAUCCAGUAGAUUUAUGAACAAAUACUCAGCCCCAACACAUGAAUUUAUCUGUGCUUAUUUUGCUUUUACCCUUCGAAAAAUGCCUUUGAAUAAAUAAAACUUAUUUGUUUGUAA